AUGGCCAACUACCUGGCUUCCAUCUUCGGUACUGAGCAAGAUAAGGUCAAUUGCUCAUUCUACUACAAAAUUGGAGCCUGCCGCCAUGGAGAUCGCUGCUCUCGGAAACAUGUGAAGCCGUCGUAUUCUCAGACCAUCCUCGUCCCAAAUAUGUACCAGAACCCUGCGUUCGACCCCAAAAAUAAAAUGAAUCCUAGCCAGCUACAAAAUCAUUUCGAUGCUUUUUACGAGGACUUCUGGUGCGAAAUGUGCAAGUAUGGCGAGCUGGAGGAGGUAGUUGUGUGUGAUAAUAACAACGACCACCUAAUUGGUAAUGUCUAUGCGCGAUUUAAAUACGAAGACUCUGCCCAGAAGGCUUGUGAUGCGCUCAACUCCCGCUGGUACGCUGCGCGACCCAUAUACUGCGAGCUGUCCCCAGUCACGGAUUUUAGAGAAGCGUGUUGCCGAUUAAACAGUGGCGAAGGGUGUGUUCGGGGCGGCUUUUGUAACUUUAUACACCGCAAAGAGCCGAGCACGGAGCUGGAAAGGGAGCUAGAGAAUUCGACAAAGAAAUGGCUAAGAAUGAGGGGCCGUGAUGAACGAAGUGUUAGCCGGACGCCUAGCCCAGAACCAGGAAAGAGAAGGUAUUAA